AUGAUGUCCAAAUGCAAGUCUUGUAAUGAUGAAGGGUUUCUUACAUGUCCUUUAUGUCAGAAAACUACUUAUUGUUCUAAAAAAUGUAGAGAUUACGAUUGGUAAAGAUAUGAAUCCUAAUUAAGAGGGCUGUUUCUCAUAAAUUAGAAUGCAAAGCAGAACUACCCAAGAGAAAUGUAUAAGACUUUGAAAUAGUCAAUUAAGGAUCAUUAGGAAGAGGAAGUUUUGGAUGUGUAAAAUUAGCUAGAGAUAGAUCAACAGGUUUAUUGUAUGCCAUGAAAAUAGUAAAAUAAUUAAUUUAUUUAUAGAUUGAAAAAUCAGAUGUAUCAAUAGAAAAUUUAAGAAGAGAAAUAAGAAUACAAAAAAGACUUUAACAUCCUCAUGUGAUUUAGUUAUUUGAAUUUUUUGAAGAUGAACAAUACGUUUAUUUAAUUUUGGAGUAUGCUGGUAAUAGAUUUUAAUUAAAUAUAGAAAAUGGUUCAUUAUUUGGUUAUUUGAGAAAGAGAAAGAUUUUACCUGAAAAUGAAGCUUUUGUGUAUUUCUUUUAAACAUGUCUUGGAAUAGAUUAUCUACAUAAAAAAUAAAUUAUACAUAGAGACUUAAAACCUGAAAAUCUACUACUUGAUAAAGAUGGAAAUAUAAAAAUUUGUGAUUUUGGAUGGUCUGCAGAAAUGAUGAUAACUUAAACAAGAAAUACGUUUUGUGGGACUAUAGAUUAUAUGACUCCAGAAAUGUUAGAAUAUAAACCUCAUGAUUAAACUCUUGAUAUGUGGUGUUUGGGAGUACUACUUUAUGAAUUAAUUCAUGGUUAAGCUCCUUUUAAAGGAAGAAAUGAUUUUGAAAAAUGUUAAAAUAUUUUAAAGUAAGAAUAAUUUGAAAUUAAAGCAAGUGAUUAAGUAAAUUAUUUUAUAAUUAAUUUAGGCUAAAGAUUUGAUAUUAGGACUUAUGAAAAGAGAUUCUAAAGAUAGAUUAACAAUGGAUUAAGUAUUCAUUCAUCCUUGGAUGUUGACUAUGGCUAAAGGAUAUUAAUUAGAAAUUAAAGAAUACAUUUUUGAAGAGAAAAAGAAUUUAGAUUAAUUAAGUAGUAGUUUAAGACUUGAUACUAAAUUUUCAAAUACUAACACAACAACAACUAGAUUGUCUGGUUCAAAUAAUAAAUAAGAAUGCGUUUCAUUAGCAUUUUCUAUGUAUUCUGAUGAAUUGUAGCCUCCUAUAUAAACUAGAAUCACUAGAAGAACAUAACAUACUGUUAGGAAAGAAAGUGGUUUUUUUGAAACCAUUUUUUAAAAUCUAGGUUGCACUAAAAGAAGUUGA